AUGGGACGAGCGGUGACACCCACCCCCAAAAAAAGUCCCAACACCCCCAACCUCACAUCGGGGUCCCCCGAGGAGAAGACCCGGGCUUGCGCCCCACUUUGGUCCCAGGAGUGUGGCACCUCCCUCUUCAGCACCGGCAUCUGCGCCCGGUUGGAUGAGGACCUGCGGCCGGUGGGGACCAUCGCGCCCACGGCUCAGCGUUGCUCCACCUACAUGGACAUCGUCAUCGUCCUGGACGGCUCCAACAGCAUCUACCCCUGGUACGAGGUGCAGAACUUCCUCAGCAACAUCCUCAGCAAGUUCUUCAUCGGGCCAGGACAGAUCCAGGUGGGGGUGCUGCAGUACGGGGAGGAGGUGGUGCACGAGUGGGUGCUGGGCCGGUACCGCACGGCGGAGGAGGUGGUGGAGGCGGCCAAGAACAUCAGCCGGCAGGAGGGCAGGGAGACACGCACCGCCCUCGCCAUCCACCGGGCAUGCGCGGAAGCCUUCAGCCCCGAGCGGGGCGGGCGGGCGGACGCCACGAGGCUGAUGAUCGUGGUGACGGACGGGGAGUCCCACGACGGCGAGGAGCUGCCCGAGGCUCUGGCCGAGUGCGAGGAGCGCAACGUCACCCGCUACGCCAUCGCGGUGCUGGGUCACUACCUCCGCCGGCAGCAGGACCCCGAGGAUUUCAUCCGGGAGAUCAAGUACAUCGCCAGCGACCCCGACGAGAAGUUCUUCUUCAACGUCACCGACGAGGCCGCCCUCAACGACAUCGUGGACGCCUUGGGUGACCGUAUCUUCAGCCUGGAAGGCACUCAUGGAUACAACGAGAGCUCCUUCGAGCUGGAGAUGUCCCAAAUUGGCUUCUCCGUCCACCUCCUGGAGGAUGGGAUCCUUUUUGGAACGGUGGGAGCCUACGACUGGGACGGGGCCGUGCUGGAGGAGAGCCGGCGCGGCCGCAUCGUCCCCCCCCGCAAAGCCUUCCAGCAGGAAUUCCCCCUGGAGCUGAAGAAUCACGCGGCUUAUUUGGGUUACGCCGUCUCCUCGCUGCGUCUCCCCGACGGGCAGCGCCUCUACGUGGCCGGGGCCCCCCGUUUCCAGCACAAGGGCAAGGUCAUCCUCUUCCAGAUGGACACCACGGGGACCGUGAGGGUGGCCCAGGCGCUGACGGGGGAGCAGAUCGGCUCCUACUUCGGCAGCGAGGUGUGUCCCCUGGACGUGGAGGGGGACGGGGUCACCGACGUGCUGCUGGUGGCAGCUCCCAUGUACCUGGGUGCCCAGAGCAGGGAGACGGGGCGGGUGUACCUCUACAGAGUGGGGCAGCAGCUCCUGGCCCCCGCCGGCACCCUGCACGCCGACAAGAAGCCGCAGGACUCCCGCUUCGGCUACGCCCUGGCUGCCGUGCCCGACCUCAACCACGAUGGCCUCAACGACGUGGUGGUGGGGGCUCCUCUGGAGGACGGGCACCGGGGGGCCGUCUACGUCUACCACGGCGCCCCGGGCACCCUCCUGCCCCAUUACAAGCAGCGCAUCGAGGGGGCGGCGCUGGGUCCCACCCUCAGUUAUUUCGGGCGCAGCCUGGAUGGACGGUUGGACAUGGAUGGGGACGGGCUGGUGGACCUGGCCGUGGGGGCUCAGGGGGCGGCCGUGCUGCUGCGCUCCCGCCAGAUCGUCCAGGUCAACACGUCGCUGACGGUGGAGCCACCGGCCAUCAACGUCAUCCAGAAGAACUGCCAACGCGGCGGCACCGGCGCCGUCUGCCUCCGCGCCAGGGUCUGCUUCCGCGCCGGGACCCGCGCCCGGGGCCAGCGGGACAGGGACAUCGAGCUCCGGUACAACGUGUCCCUGGAGGAGAAGACCCCAGGAGCUCGAGCUGCCUUCGACUCGGGCGCCCGGCGGCUGCUGCAGCGGCGCCUGGAGCUCUCCCUGGGGAGACAGAGCUGCCUCCGCUUCCCCUUCCACGUCCUGGACACCACGGACUAUCUGCGACCCCUCAGCUUCACGGUGAGGUUGGCCAUGGCCGAAUCCACGGGGCCGGUGUUGGAUGAGGCGUCCCCCACCACCAUCCGGAAACUGAUCCCCUUCUUCAAGGACUGUGGGGAGGAUGAUGAGUGUGUCACGGACCUGGUGCUCAAGGCCACCAUGGACAUCGCAGGCUCCAGGCAGAGCCCCCACGUCCUGCGCAAGGGCAGGAGGAAAGUGGUGGUGGACGUGGUCCUGGAGAACAAGAAGGAGAACGCCUACAACGCCAGCCUGCUCCUCCGCUUCUCCAGCAACCUCCACUUCUCCAGCCUCGUGCUCCAGGACACCAGCUCGGUGAAGCUGGAGUGCACGGCGCUGGCCGGUCACCGCCGGCUCUGCAGCGUUGGCUACCCCGUCUUCCGCUCACUGGCCAAGCUCCGGUACAACGUGUCCCUGGAGGAGAAGACCCCAGGAGCUCGAGCUGCCUUCGACUCGGGCGCCCGGCGGCUGCUGCAGCGGCGCCUGGAGCUCUCCCUGGGGAGACAGAGCUGCCUCCGCUUCCCCUUCCACGUCCUGGUGAGAGGGACCUCCCUGGGACAUGGGUGGCCUUUUCCACCCCCCCUCCCCACCCCCAGCAGCAUAGUCCCAGAGCUCCGGUACAACGUGUCCCUGGAGGAGAAGACCCCAGGAGCUCGAGCUGCCUUCGACUCGGGCGCCCGGCGGCUGCUGCAGCGGCGCCUGGAGCUCUCCCUGGGGAGACAGAGCUGCCUCCGCUUCCCCUUCCACGUCCUGGACACCACGGACUAUCUGCGACCCCUCAGCUUCACGGUGAGGUUGGCCAUGGCCGAAUCCACGGGGCCGGUGUUGGAUGAGGCGUCCCCCACCACCAUCCGGAAACUGGUGGGUGCUGGUGGGGGUGGUGGGAUCCAAGAUCACCCCCCACUGUCCCCCUCCGUGGUGCUUCCAGCCUUGGGAUCACACCCCGGCUCCUUCCAGAUCCCCUUCUUCAAGGACUGUGGGGAGGAUGAUGAGUGUGUCACGGACCUGGUGCUCAAGGCCACCAUGGACAUCGCAGGCUCCAGGCAGAGCCCCCACGUCCUGCGCAAGGGCAGGAGGAAAGUGGUGGUGGACGUGGUCCUGGAGAACAAGAAGGAGAACGCCUACAACGCCAGCCUGCUCCUCCGCUUCUCCAGCAACCUCCACUUCUCCAGCCUCGUGCUCCAGGACACCAGCUCGGUGAAGCUGGAGUGCACGGCGCUGGCCGGUCACCGCCGGCUCUGCAGCGUUGGCUACCCCGUCUUCCGCUCACUGGCCAAGGUAGGGGACCAAGUCCCCCCCCCUUGA